AUGGAUGGGCUAGACGCCUUUGAGAAGUCUCUCGCAGCAGAGAAGGCUGAGAGAGAGCGGGAAGAGCAGGAGAGAGCCGAAAGGAAAGAGAAUAAGCACCGGCAUCAUCACCGACGCGAGAGAUCCUCCGACAGAGACCGCAAGUCCAGGCACCAUAGGGCUCACGACCGUGAGUCUGACGAAGAGAGACAUCGUCAUAAGCGAUCGCGCCACCACCGGGACGAGGAAGGCGAGUCAAAACAUCGCAGUCACAGACAUCGAGACAGAGAAGACGGACAACGAGAACGCCGGCGCGACCGGAAUGCAGACCCCAACGAUCCAGAGUACUUGCAAACGCAUGAUCCCAAAGAGGACCUCCCGCUCCCUGACGAGGAGAAGACCCCCGAAAAGGAAGGCUUGGUCAGAGAUUCAUGGAUGACUGCACCCUCUGCCAUCGACAUCGACUAUGUCCAGCGGAAGAAGAAAGAACCCACCCCUCCACCGAAGCAGACAGAGCAAAGAGCCAUCUCCAGUCGAGAAUUGAACUCGGGUAUCUUGCAGGAUCUUAACGCAGGCAAGACGAUCGACGACCUCGACCUGCCGGCCCAACAUGAUGUCGAUUAUACAUUCGGCGAUGCAGGCUCCCAGUGGCGAAUGACCAGACUGAAUGCAGUAUUCACGACGGCCGAGCAGACCGGCCGUCCAGCUGACGAAAUUGCUUUGGAGCGUUACGGCAGCCUGCAGGAGUUUGACGACGCUCGGGAGGAGAAGAUGGAAAUAGAUAGGAGAAGGUUAUAUGGGGAAGGAUUCGUUGGCAAAGAGAAACCAACAGGGGAGCUGUACAAGGAACGGAAGAAGGGGCCAGAGCCGAAGGAGGUUGAGGAGCCCGAACCGCAGCAAGGGGUCCCGAUGCCUGAGCAGACGCGGGCUGUGCCCAUGGACCAGACGGCGCUCAACCGGUUACGUGCGCAAAUGAUGAAGGCAAAACUGCGCAAAGCGCCCGAUGCCGCUAAGCUGGAGGCUGAGUACAACGCAGCCAUGGCCACCUUCUCCUCGGGCAUCAACAACGACCGUGCAGUGGUUCUUGACGCUUCUCACAACCGCAUGCUCGCCGGGCCCAGGGGUGAAGUGAAGAACGUGGAGAACAAACGAGGGCGCGAGCGCGGCCAAGUCGUUGCAAACGAGGACAUGAGCAUCGAAGACAUGGUGCGAGAGGAGCGUCGCACCCGGGGCCAGGUCGGCGGCGAGGGCCUGCGCCUGGCUGAGCGCAUCGCCAAGGACGGCAAGUUCGACAACGAUCUCGAGUAUCUAGACGAAAACGCCGAAAAGCUGGCCAAGAGAGUGCACAAGUCCGAGACGAGCCUCAAGAACGUCGCCGUCAACGAAUUCCAGAAGAUGAACAAGAUCCUCGACAGCUGUCCGCUCUGCCACCACGAGGAGCGCCAGCCGCCCCAGAACCAGCCCAUCGCCCCCAUCAUCUCCCUCGCCACUCGGGUAUUCUUGACGCUGCCCACGGAGCCGGAACUGACGGGCGCUGAAGGAGGAGCAGUCAUUGUGCCCAUCAGCCAUCGCAACAACCUCCUCGAGUGUGACGACGAUGAAUGGGAGGAGAUCCGGAACUUCAUGAAGUCGCUUACUCGCCUCUUCCACGAUCAAGGGAGAGAGGUACUGUUCUACGAGAACGCAGCAGCGCCGCAGCGCCGGCUACAUGCUGCCCUCGUCGCCGUGCCCAUCCCCUACGACCUGGGCGAUACGGCCCCCGCCUUCUUCAGAGAAGCAAUGCUCUCGGCCGAUGAGGAGUGGUCCCAGCACAAGAAGAUCAUCGACACGGGCAAGAAGGCUCGCGAGGGUCUGGGCCGUCUGGCUUUCAGGAGGAGCAUCGCCAAGGAGAUGCCCUACUUUCACGUGUGGUUCAACCUGGAUGGGGGGCUGGGCCACGUCGUUGAGGAUGCCAGCCGGUGGCCCAAGGGAGACCUCUUCGCAAGGGAGAUUAUUGGCGGUAUGGUAGAUGCCGAGCCCGAUGUUAUCAAGCGGCAGGGUCGUUGGAAUCGCAGUGAUCCCAGAUUAGAUGGUUUCAAGAAGCGGUGGAGGAAGUUCGAUUGGACCCGAGUCUUAACUGAAGGCCAAUGA